GUUAAACAUAAUCGAAGAAGAAUAUUAUAGAAGUGGAGGCAUGCUUGAAGGUUAGCGACACAUUGAACGAAAUACAAUAACAACUACUAGUGACACACAAACUGAGUAGCAAGUUAUGCAAUUAUCGUGUAGAACAUGGUAAUAUAAUCUACAUUUGGAUAUAACAAAGCCACAACACAAGUCGCGGUGAUUCCAGCGAGCUAUGGCCAGCCUGUCCAACUACGCCGUACGCAUGGCGCGUCUCAGUGCACGUAUCUUUGGGGAUGUGGCGCGUCCUACGGACAACAAGUCCAUGAAGGUGGUCCAGCUGUUCAGGGAGCCGCCCAUGGCCCAGAAAAAGGAGGUGUACGACUGGUACCCUCAACACAAGAUCUACUAUGCCCUUACGCAGAAGCUACGAUACAUGGGACUCUUCAGAGAUGAACACGAGGACUUCAAGGAGGAGAUGCGGCGGCUGAGGAAACUGAGAGGCAAAGGGAAACCCAAGAAGGGUGAGGGAAAGAGAGCCACCAAGAAGAAAUGAGCACUUCCUUUCCCUGUCCUAUAGGACCUGUGGAUAAACCCAGCCCUGCCCUGUCAUAUAGGACCUGUGGAUAAACCCAGCCCUGCCCUGUCAUAUAGGACCUGUGGAUAAACCCAGCCCUGCCCUGUCAUAUAGGACCUGUGGAUAAACCCAGCCUUUCCCUCUCAUAUAGGACCUGUGGAUAAACCCAGCCCUGCCCUGUCAUAUAGGACCUGUGGAUAAACCCAGCCCUGCCCUGUCAUAUAGGACCUGUGGAUAAACCCAGCCUUGCCCUGUCCUAUAGGACCUGUGGAUAAACCCAGCCCUGCCCUGUCAUAUAGGACCUGUGGAUAAACCCAGCCUUGCCCUCUCCUAUAGGACCUGUGGAUAAACCCAGCCCUGCCCUGUCAUAUAGGACCUGUGGAUAAACCCAGCCAGCCCUCUCAUAUAGGACCUGUGGAUAAACCCAGCCCUGCCCUGUCAUAUAGGACCUGUGGAUAAACCCAGCCUUGCCCUGUCAUAUAGGACCUGUGGAUAAACCCAGCCUUGCCCUGUCAUAUAGGACCUGUGGAUAAACCCAGCCUUGCCCUAUCAUAUAGGACCUGUGGAUAAACCCAGCCUGUGGAUAAACCCAGCCCUACCCUCUCAUAUAGGACCUGUGGAUAAACCCAGCCCUACCCUCUCAUAUAGUACCUGUGGAUAAACCCAGCCCUACCCUCUCAUAUAGUACCUGUGGGGGAAUCACAACAGUCCUCGUUUGCUUUGGGACACCAGAGGAAUGGCCUCCCUAACUGUGUUCACAACAGUAACAUGUGACCCCACUCAGGAUGUUCAUAAUGAAUGGAUCCUUGGAACAGCUGAUGAUGUGUGUUGAGAGGAUCCUUUCAUGUCCCCAUCACAGAAGAUCCUGUCUGAUAAGUGACCGGUCUUUGACCGCUGUGUGUUUGGUACAUAAAGCAUUUCUGUUCUCAUAGUCUCUGUACAGUGAAAGGGUGAAGGAGAACUGGAGGGCAUCGGGUCAUAGAACUGUGAUGCUGGUAUGUUCCUAUUGACUGAGACAAAGCUGGUGUUUUACAUCUGUUCUGAGUAACACCAGGUGUCAUGAAUUAAAAAUACUGAAAACAAA